UAAUUAAUAAAGGCCUUUUCUCAAAUUUAUUCGCUUUAGAGAUAUUCAUUCUUAUGAUCAGUGUCUUGUAUAUAUGUAUAUCCCGAUCCCAAUACCUAUUCUUGGUCUCUGAAGCUGCAAAAUAUCGUUGAAAUAGGUCUAAAACAGAGGCUGAAUUGUUUUUGCAUUAAUUGGAGCCUAGGAUGACAAACAUAUUCUCAGUCCCAUAAUAUCCUUUUCCCUAGGAUAUGCCGACAUCCUGCAAAAUCGAAUUAAAUGUUAUCCAUCGAUUUUCUUCGUUACCAUCGACAAUUAGACGGUACAUUUGAAUAGCAUUCUGCCGCUUUAACAAUAUUCUUUCGUUUAAUGCGGAUUUAAUAGCGAUAAAAAACCACACAUACCACGUGCACAAAAAAAAUAAAUGAAUCUCCUAAAUCAUUCAGAUUUUAAUUGCAUGCCCACGCAGUAUUUGAUUUGUCAUUAGGGCGUAAAAAAAAACUGACACAUUCCGGCUGUCGAUAGAUGAUAACAAUCUGCCGUUGAAUUGCAAAUGGUUGAUUUCCAAGUUCUCAUUUCAUUAAAUUGCACAACGUCGAAGAGUAAGCUUUAGAAUGUGGCGGCGGUUAUUUUUUAAACUCGUAAUUGCAAUCAAUUUGGUUGGUGCGCAGAGUGGGGUCUUGAGUAACAUCAUGAAAUCUCUAAAGAUGGAGCUGCCAUUUCGGUCAAUUCUCCUACUGCGAAAUGUGAAGGAUGCAGAUACCUGCUGGACCCGAGAGGACUUUGACCGAAACAUCCCCAUCUUAAACAUGAAUGCGAGCCAUUCCCUUUAUCUGACGAAGAUAUUCAACUCGGAGCUUCUGGCCGUGGUUUGCGAAAACCGCAGUGAAGGCGACACCAUAAAGGCUCUUUAUAGAAAUCUACAGGACAUUCGCUAUACUCCAACCAUUCUAGUGACACAAUCGAACACAAACCUAAGUGAUUUGUUCGAGGAUUGCCGCUCCCACAAGAUGCUCAAUGUGUUGGCUUUGAAGGACUCUGAUAAUAAAUUUGUCUACAGCUAUCGGGCCUUUCCUCAUCUGCAGGUGGUAAAGCGCCGAGUGGGCCACAUUCGUCGCUACUUUGAGCCCCAACUCAGGAACAUGGAAGGAUACCAGAUCAAGGUUCUACCUGACAAUGUCAUGCCUCGAACGGUCGUCUAUCGAGAUGCCCGGGGACGUCGUCAGAUGACGGGCUAUCUUGCGCACUUAAUAAGGAACUUUGUCAGCACAUUAAACGCCACUAUGCACAUCUGUUGGGAAAAUGUGCCUGAGGAAGAGACCCCCAACCCGACGACUGUGAAUAAAAUGUUACAAGACGAAACUGUGGACUUUCCUCUAGUCCUUACCACUUCUAACGAAUAUAGCGAAUUCUCAGACCACUUGGUGAUGGAGAUCUCCAGUUGGUUUCUUAUGCUGCCCGUGGAGGCAAACACUCAACGGGCUCGUCUAUUCUACAGGAUUAAAGUCUACAAGAUGAUGCCCAUGGUAAUACUUUUGGCUCUGGUGCUCAGUAAUGCUCAGCGAGUGGAAGCAGGUUUGGGACCCAGAGUAAGUUUUGGUAUAGUUUGGGACUAUGUCAUACGUGGAUGCUUGGCGCAACCUUUUGUGCUGCCCCAUGGUCCCUCCUUGCGGGUGAUGUAUAUUUAUGGGCUUCUGCUUUUAUACAGCAUGCUCAUGUGCAACAUUGUCAAUGUCAGCUUAGAAACGUGGCUGGUGCAUCCACCUGUUGAUCGUCGAAUUCUCAGUUUCCAGGACAUGCAAAUGAAGCAACUGAAAAUUCUAAUUUAUAAACCUGAAUUUUCCGUCAUGAAGAAGGCUCUGAGGGAAAGAAAUCUGGAGCAGAAAUGGGAUAUCUUCGAGCUUACCAACUCCUCGAAAGCUUUCCAAGUGAAUCGCAUCUCCUUGAAUCCGGCUUAUGCAUAUCCUGUAACCACCACCCUAUGGCCAAUUCUAGAGCUAGGACAGGCCAAGCUCCCACGGCCCAUUUUUCGGAGGUCUCAAGAGAUAGUGUUUAAUCCCCGUAUGUUCUUCGCUCUGCCCGUUCCGAAGGACUCACUCUAUCGCCAGACCUUUACUAAAUUCCUUUUGCACACCCGCGAUAGUGGACUAUACGUAUUUUGGUUCAAGCGGACAUUCAAUGAGCUCGUUGUGUUGGGUAAGAUGAGCUACCACAUGGAUAACAGCACCCAGCCUUAUCAGGAUAUUGUGUGGGAGGACUUUUUCUUCAUCUGGCUGGCGUAUAUUGGAGGCAUUUUUGCCAGUCUGUUGGUAUUCCUUGUCGAAGUUUUGUACUUCAAAUGGAAACACGGAGGGCGCAACGGAAUAUUUUUAAACACGGACUAAC